AUGACACCCCUACGCCCUCAGAGGCUGGCACAGAGCGCACUGCGCGCAUCUCGAACAGCGAGUCGCCCUUCCUACCGCCCGACCUGUCUGCUACCCUCGACCACAUCCUCGACAAACAACCGCCGCGCUCAUUCCACAUCCUCCGUCUCCGCCGAUGAAGUCUCACACUUUUCUGGGCUAGCCAGCUCCUGGUGGGAUCCAAUGGGCCCUUCCCGAAUUCUUCAUCUGAUGAACCCGCUCCGUCACGAGUUCAUCGCAUCCUGCCUUGCAGACAGCUCGCCGGCCGGCGCUGCAAACGCCCAGAACUCAAAGCCCGAAUCCUCCGCAAACCUCGACUACCUCGACAUUGGCUGCGGCGGCGGCAUUUUCGCCGAAUCGCUCGCUCGCACUAUUCCACUGGAUCCCUCCGCCUCAGCCCCAACACCCACCCGCGCCGCUUCAAUGACAGCGAUAGACCCUACAACAACACUGAUCGAGAUUGCGCGCGACCAUGCGCGCAGGGAUCCUACAGUCGACGCGCACAUGCGCAGUGGACGCUUUCAAUACCUCAACACGACACUUGAAGACGUGCUCUCCACCUCCACAUCCGACUCCACAUCGCCGUCGUCCCCACAACCCCAGCACCGGCAAUUCGACAUGGUGACCCUCUUCGAAGUCAUUGAACACAUUGAUCCCACAACAACGACACCGCAGGCUUUCCUUGCCAACUGUCUCCGGGCUCUCAAGCCCGGCGGCUGGCUCAUCGGAUCGACCAUCUCGCGCACGUUCCCGUCCUGGAUCUUGAACCAGGUUAUCGCUGAAGCUCCCUGGCCCAUUGGUGUCGUGCCGCGCGGUACGCAUGAAUGGAGCAAGUUCGUCAACCCGUCUGAGCUGUACUCGUGGGCGCAGGAGGGAUUGAUGCGAGCCGCUGAUACGAAUGUCUCGCGCGGCGGCCCGUCUGCGCUGGAUGGCAUGCAGUGGAAGUGUGCUGGGGCUGUGUAUGUUCCUGGUCUUGGGUGGAAGAUGGUCCCCGGGUCAGAGGACUGGGGGAAUUAUUUCUGGGCCGUGAAGAAGGGGAAUUGA